GGGACAGCGCGGUGAUGAUGACCUCGCAACCCAUACUUGACCGGUUGUGUCUUGCAACAUAUUUUGCAAACGUAAACCAGAACAUUACUCGAGAUGCAAUUGACAUAUUAACGCGACAACACAAUAGUCAUCAACCGUGAUCCCUGUUUAGCCGAUAUACACGUAUUCAAUGGGUGUCGUUUUCUCUGGAGUUCAAUGACUCUGCACCGGCUCACGAGCUGAAUCGCACUCUUGCGUCACUUCUUUUUGGAAGCGCGGGUGCACAUUAAUUGUUUUUUCACCACCCGUGUUUAUUCAAAAAAAACCGUUUUACAGGCUAAAUUCUUCCCAAGCGAGCGAUCAAUCGUCUCUCAAUCUCCCCGGAAGAAAGGCCAGCAGCCCCGGCACGCGCGGUGAGGGGUGGAGCCUGACAUGAGAAAAUAGUCGUGCUGAGUUUAUGGUUAGCUGUUAGCUAGCCGCCUGACGGCUUUAAUUCAGCACAUUUAACAACAUUCGUGAUGGAGUCUUCAUUCGGGAUAUCCGAUAGCCAUUGUUUGGCCACGGUUAGAGGACAUGUGCUCAGAAAUGGACAAAAAGAACUAAGACUCCUGUCCCUGUUAGAGUGUUCUGGACAGUUCAAGUUGGAUAUUCUGGCAAACCCUGAAGCAAUUGUAUUAAGCCCAGUGCCCCAGCUGUCCAUCCCCAUCAAUAGCAAUUUUCAGAUAGUUCGAGAGGCUGAAGAAGCGCUUCUUAUUGACUUCUCAAUUAACUCGACGGUACGGAUUCGUCUUCAAGGCGAGGGAACACCAGACCUUCUGCUGGAGCUGCAGGAUGACAUUCACACUCAGUCCUUCUUGCAGCAUGUGACGAAGGCCAAACAGCAAGCUGAGAAGAGGAGUUCACUGCCCAGAAAGAUGGAGCCUGUUGUACCUGUUCCAGUAAAAGACUGCGUUCCAGUCCCACCUCAAAGAGGAACCUCCAAAUCCACCUCAAAUAACACCAACAAUAGCGCUUUAGUAAAGCCCUCAAAAACAGACUCCGCCUUCUCAAUGGCCACGGAUUUUGGCUUUGAAGAGAAGAAGAACCAGCAAAACCGUAUAGUUGCGCAACGAGAGGCACCUCCGCCACCACUGCCCCCUCUUCCCCCUCGGAAGGGCACAUAUACACCAUCGACUAACCACGCAGCAGGCCCAACCACCAAAGAAAGGCCACCAUCUGCACAGAACUCCACACCUGUCAGAAAUGAAUUUCAGUUUGUAGACCGCUCCAGUUCCUGGUCUGACAGCCGGUCCAACUACACCAUGAGACAGGCCAUGAUGAGCAGCCACACAGGGUCAAGGGAAGGCUUGCUCAAGUAUCGGCUCACCAAGAAGGAGAAAGAAUAUGUGGAUAUUAAGAACUUCAGGUUCUUCAUUGGCACGUGGAAUGUGAAUGGUCAGUCUCCUGACAGCAGUCUUGGGCCCUGGCUGUGCUGUGACACAGACCCUCCAGAUGUCUACGCACUGGGAUUUCAGGAGCUGGACCUGAGCACAGAGGCCUUUUUCUAUAUGGACUCAUCCAAAGAACAGAUAUGGGUUGAUGCAGUAGAGAAAAGCCUCCAUCCUAAAGCCAAAUACAAACGGAUCCGUAUCAUUCGCCUGGUGGGAAUGAUGUUGGUGGUGUAUGUCAACAAGGAGCACAAACAUCACAUUCGAGAGGUGGCUUCAGAGUCUGUGGGAACUGGCCUCAUGAAUAAAAUGGGGAAUAAAGGAGGAGUGGCUGUGCGCUUUGUGUUUCAUAAUACCAGCUUCUGCUUCGUAAACUCUCACUUGGCUGCUCACGUGGAUGACUAUGAGCGGCGGAACCAGGACUACAAAGACAUAUGUGCCCGCAUGAGUUUCAACCUGCUGGAAUACCCCCCUCUCAGUAUAGUCAAACAUGAUGUGGUGAUUUGGCUUGGAGAUCUCAACUACAGGCUAUUUUUGCCUGAUGCUGGGGAGGUAAAAAGACUAAUUGAUGAAAAUGAGCUACGGAGGCUUCAGGAGUAUGAUCAGCUGAACAUUCAGAGAAAGACUAAACGUGCCUUCACUGACUUCAUGGAAGGGGAGAUUAAUUUCAUCCCAACGUACAAAUAUGAUGCUAAAUCAGACCGAUGGGACUCAAGUGGAAAGUGUCGAGUCCCUGCCUGGUGCGACCGUAUCCUCUGGAGGGGGAGCAGCGUGAAGCAACUUCACUACCGCAGUCACAUGGUGCUGAAGACCAGUGACCACAAACCUGUCAGCUCUCUCUUCAGUAUCGGGGUCAAGAUGGUGAUUGAGCAGCGCUACAAGAAGGUGUUUGAAGAGAUUGUGCGGGACAUGGACAGGAUGGAAAAUGAUUUUCUGCCUUCUUUGUCCCUAACACGACGGGAGUUCAGCUUUGAGAAUGUGAAAUUUCGUCAGCUUCAGCGUCAGAGUUUUCUCAUCACUAAUGACGGACAGGUCCCUUGCACAUUCGCCUUCAUUCCAAAACUCAAUGAUUCUCAAUACUGUAAGCCCUGGCUACGUGCUGAACCCAGCGAAGGGGUACUAGACCCUAAUGAGACAAUGGAGAUCUUCCUGGAGGUGUAUGUCAGUAAAGACUCUGUGACGCUGCUAAACUCUGGUGAGGAUAAAAUCGAGGACAUCCUGGUGCUUCAUCUGGACCGGGGGAAAGACUACUUCAUCACUGUGGCGGGAAACUACCUGCCCUGCUGUUUCGGCACAUCUUUAGAGACCCUUUGCCGUAUGAAGAAGCCCAUUCGUGAGAUACCAGUCACCAAACUCAUAGAUCUGGGAGAGGAUAGCUGCAUGGAAAAGGAGAGAUCCCGGAUGAAUUUCUUGUUGGACAGUGCAGGAACAGAGGAUAAACCUCUGAAGAUUCCCAAAGAGGUCUGGUUGCUUGUUAAUCACCUCUACACCAAGGCCUGCCAGCAGGAGGACCUUUUCCAGACCCCUGGCCUGCAAGAUGAUCUACAAAGUAUUAUUGACUGCUUGGACACCAGCAUUCCUGAAUCCAUCCCUGGCUCUAAUCACUCAGUUGCCGAAGCACUAUUGAUCUUCUUGGAGGCUCUUCCUGAGCCUGUGCUGUGUUAUGAACUCUAUCAGCGCUGUCUGGAAUGCUCUCAUGACAGCCGCCUGUGCAAACAGCUAAUAUCUCAGCUCCCACGAGCCCAUCGCAAUGUGUUCCGCUACCUGAUGGCCUUCUUGAGAGAAUUACUUAAACACUCGAUUGACAACAACCUGAACGCCAACCUACUAGCCACUCUCUUCGCAAGCCUCCUCGUUCGGCCGCCUCCCAACCUUGCUUGCAAACAGACGUCACACGACCGUCAGAAAGCCAGCGACUUCAUACUGGGGUUCCUGAUGGGAGGUGAUGAAGACUGAGGAAGAGGACCGCAGAACGAGGUGUCAUGCCUUCUCUCAGAGGUGUUCAGAUGGAGCAAAAAGACACUUGAGGUCUGUUUGUGGCUGGUCUUCUGCGAGAUAUUUGGGCCACCCUGCACUAAGAUGGCUGACUGCCUCCGUAAUGAAAGUUUGACACAGUUUUGCACAGACACUGCCCAUUGGUUACGUUUCGUUAUUCUUCUGUUCCUGCUUCAGAUGAAUAGGUGUCAGUUUAUCUCUGUAGUAUUAAUAGCUACACUUUAACCCUUACAAACCUCAUCUUUUUGACUGUAGCAUCUAAUAUAAUACUAUGUGCAACCCCACUUUCUCUGGUUUUGUCCUCUGGAUCAGAGUGCUGUAAUGCCAAAUCCAAUAUUCCUGACCAGAUUUGACUGAAUGUGUUAGAUGUGACUGACGGGCACUCAAAAAAAUGACUUUGUUACACUAAAGGAAAGCCAUGUUGUGGAGAUUGUACUGACUGCUGCUGCCCGGGUUAAACGCUCCGUCAGAGCACCAUUUUCCAUGCUCUUUUCCUUUUCUCCUUCAAAAAUGACCUUCACAGAGAAUUGUUUCCUACAAGGUGACUUUGACAAUCGACUACCUUUCGGAGUGGAGAAGAAGUCUGGACUAUCUGAAUCAUGAUGAAUCAGCUGGCAUUGUCCGAUGUGGUGCGCACAUGUUAUUUAUGUUUUCCUGUCUCCUACACAGUUGUCCUCAGCAUUGGGCAUUUGGAUGUCCUCCACAGAUGAAUAUAAGUCUGUUAUCUGUAAGAAACACACGCUCCGGUCUCCUCCUCAGUCCGUUAUGAUGGCACAACCACACCCAUUAUUAUUAAUCACCUUGAAUAAUGGCAACAAGCGGAUGAGGUUGCCUUCAUUAGAUCUGGACUCUGGGUCUGAAACGUAUUCUUUUGAGGUCUUACUCUUUUACAGCUCUGUUCUGGAUCCUGUCGUGCUUCAGAGACAUUAACAUUUAAACUGAUGUGCUCAGUGGGUCUGGUCUUUUAUGUGUCAAGUCUUGUAAUGAAGUCGUGGUCCUACUAUUUAUAUGUAUGUUGAGUGUUAUACUAACCCAAACUGGGAUAAUUUUGUGUACGUUUACAGUCGUUGUGUCCUUUGUUGGUGUUGUUUCAUGAUAUAUUUACACUGUUUCCGUAUAGUGACAUACCGGCAUACGUUUAUCUCUCUUGAACUCAUAGUAUACAUUGGGAAAUUCUAGAAUCUGCUUGUUUUGCAACUUCUUGUGCCAGUCAGUCUGCUUUAGUACUACAUUGUGUAAAGAGGAAGCAUCCUCUUUUGUACUCGUAUUAUUCAUCAAUAUCCCCAAUGCUAAAAUAUUAUUGUAGCACAAACCACACAAGCUGUUUCUCCACAGUGUGUGUGACAUUGUUUCCUCUGUCUAUUAGCAACAUUUCCUCAAAAUCUCACAGGAAAUGUUUUGCGUGAGUCUUGCAACUUGGAAAAAGAGUUGUAAGCAGUUUGACCAACUCGUUCUGCCUUUCCUUAUUGUCAGAAAAAAAAAUUUGCAGAAUUUGUAGUUUUAGGCAUAUAGCUUCUGACAGUAAACUGACAGACAGGGGCAACUUUGUACCUUAUCUACCCCUAAAAGGUGCAUAUUAGUACCUAAUAUGUACCUUUUAUGUACUACUGUACACUUUUAGGGGUAAAUAAGUUACAAAGAUGUCCUUGAGGUACUGACCCAGUGACAAGCUGUAACAAAUUCUGCACAUUUUUCCUGAGAGUGUUGAAAACUCUAAGUAGUGAUGUUCUGUGAAUGAUAUUGGCUGUGGUUUGAAGUCAUCCAGUGAUCUCAGAUGCCUAAAUCUCUUCACAUCCUCUGCCAUGUUUACAAGCCCCCUGUGUCUGAGCUUUCUGUUGGGCUUAUUUUUUUGCUUUGGGAAGGGCCACAAUGGACCUCGACUGUCUUAUUCAAACACUUAUCGCCUGAAAUCAUUCUUUUCAUUGCCAAUAGAUGAUGUUCCUGGGAGGACCUCAUUGCAGGAGACUGAAUCAGAGGAACAGAAAUGCAGAUGGCCAUUACACAGAUUUCUGGUGUGCUGUGAUCACCACCCUGCCUGUUUGUUUAUUGUUGUGACCUGUCUUUCUAUAUCCAUUCAGUUUUUGUAAUGAUGUUUCUGGUACUUUGGAGAUGGGUACUUGCACAUACUUUGUUUUAUUUGUGGGGAGGGGCCGGGCAUCUAAUUUAUUCAAUGAAAUAAAGACAUUAUGAUGAUAUUA